ACAUGGCUUCCGUGUUCUGCAGUAUCUGACAAUUUAUAUGAAUUUUUGAGUGUCGCGUAUAAUUGCGACGAUCUCUUUUUAUUGGAAUUGACAAGACUGAACGACCCAUCGAGAUCAACAUGGAUUUAUUAGGAUCCAUUCUGAAAUCCAUGGACAAACCGCCCACAAUGAACGAGAAGCAGAAGGCGCUCCUGAAAAAACAACAGGAAGAAUAUCAGAAGCGUCAGAAGAUCGAAGCGGAUAAGUUAAAAGUCUUCCGGCAGAAGGUUGAGGAGAAGAUUAAUAAGUUCCUACAAGAUGACAAUGCCAAAGAAUACAAAUUUCCUGCUAUGGAUCAAAUACACAGGAGCAUUAUACAUGAUGUAGCAGAAGUAGCAAACGUUUGGGCUUACUCAUUUGGUGAAGAAGGUGUCGAUCGAUACAUCAUGAUCUUUAAGAGAGAACAUGCGCCUUCAGAGGAUCAAUUGAACACACUGCGGAAGGGUGAAGAAUGGAAUGAAGAAGUUGCAAAAAGACUAAAGCAGGAGAGAGAAAGAAAAGCCAAAGAAGAAGUAGAGGAUGCAAAAUCUAGGAAACGAAAAGAAAAUUUUGUACCAAACAGUUUCUAUAAAGAUAAAUAUCAACAUUUGAUUGGCAAAGAAGCGGCACUGGAAGCUGCUAGGAAAACGGAAGCCAACAGCAGUUAUGGAUGUGUGCCUAGCGAAAACAAGAAAGACCAAAGAAGUAUAGAACAAACUUUGGCUGACAUACGCGCUAAGAAGAGGAGAUUGGAAAUGAAUAACGAAACUAGCGCUUGCAGCGACAACAGUACAAAAUAGUGCUAUUAUAUAAAUAAUCAUAGGCGUACAUAAAUUAUCUAUAUCCAAUUAACUGUAAAUAAUACAUCGUAUUAGGUAUGUUACAACAUUACUACAAAUUACUGCAUUAUUAUACGCACCGUUACGGAAGUCGCAUGGUAGUCUGAUUUAUCAAAUUUCUUGAUUUACUUGUUUGUUCAAGUAUCCUACGAGGUACAGAUAAGUUCUACGAUGGCAUUACGAUUAAUGUGUACCUGCGUUAGAAGUGUUGCCGUUCACUUCUAUUCCAUUUCGUUAUAAUACGUUGUAUUUACUACACCGAAGACUCUCGGUCUUGUAUGUACAAAUAUAAUACAUCAUCUCGCACAACA